AUGUCACAAAAGGAUGGAGUAAAAAAGCACGAACUUCAUGCACUGUCGGGCGCCUAUGACACUUAUCUAGAACACGAUGAAUCAGAGAAGAAUCAUUUCGACGACGUUUGCCGAGCGUUUCGACAACAUGCUACAUUUGUCAUGUCACAGUGGGCCAAUCAUCAGUUUCGUCUUCACGCACUGCCACAAUCUCAACGAGAUCUCUUACCGGACGCCUUGAAGCACGGAACUCCCGAUUUCAAUAAACGGGCCUCUCACUACAAGGAUGCUGCAAUCAGAAAUCAGUUUUGCUUCGACUGUAUGUUGAGGCAUGCUGGAGUGCCACAUUCUCAACAGCAGGUCACUCCGAUAACCAAAGUGCCAUCAGAUGAACAAAUGUCCAAAAUUACUUCCGUCCUCAAAAGUUUGGCGCGGGAUUGGUCCGCAGAAGGAAAAAGGGAGCGAGAUAUGGCAUAUGUCCCUAUAAUCGAACAGAUCAAAAAGUACAUGCCACUGUCAGACUUGUUGCCCCAUGAUCGACCUACGAUUGCUGUCCCUGGAGCUGGCGUUGGUCGACUAGCUUUUGAAUUGACCAAAUUAGGCUAUGCCGUCCAAGGAAACGAAUUCAGCUUGUACAUGCUCCUUGCGUCAGACUUUAUGCUGAAUGGAGGCAUUGCUACACCUGAUAGACCACUGAGAAUAUCGCCCUGGAUUUUGGAAUCUCGCAACUCCCAUUCGUCUGCCGAUCGGUGUCGGUCCAUUCCCAUUCCUGACGUGGACCCUACGACGCUUUUGAAUUCUGGAGGGAAUGCCAUGCCACCAAUAUUUUCCAUGGCAGCUGGCGAUUUUGUUUCCAUUUACAGUAAUCCCAGUGAAGCCGGCAAGUGGGACUGUGUCUGCUCCUGUUUCUUCAUGGAUGCCUGUCCAAACAUUGUGGAAAUACUACAGAUUAUACACAAAAUGCUCAAACCAGGUGGCUAUCUCAUGAAUUUUGGACCUUUGUUGUACCACUGGUCAGGUCCACCAAUGCGACCUGACGAUGAGUCUCCGGAUGCCUACCACUCUCGCUUUCAACACUUGGACGACCGAUAUCUGAAGAGUGUCGACCUUUCCUAUGAGGAUGUUAAGGAAACCAUGAUGAAGGUGGGAUUUGAAGUUGUGGAGGAGCACGUUGGUAUGGAGAGUCUUUAUACGGCAGAUGAACGGUCCAUGCAAAGUACCAUGUACAACUGUGUCAAUUUUGUGGCAAGGAAACGACGAUCCGAGUACGUGAAGCAGGAGCUAUGA